AUGGUGUAUUUGGUCCCUCUCAUAAUCUUCAUGGACAACGUAUCCGGCAAUAUAUCCAAGCAAUGGAACAAGCACCAUGCAGUGUACAUGUUGAACGUGAAUCUACCUCGCGAAAUGCUCGAGAAAGAGAAAGCUGCGGAAUCUGGAGUCUUCACUUGGGACUGCAAGCACAAAGAAGAAGUUAUGCUGGAGCUAUAUGGUCUGUUUCUCAGUGGCGACAAUCCCAUGCAGGCCGAGGAAUGUAGCCAUGCAGGGCUGCAUUGCAACUACUUCUGCAGGACGUGUGAAGUUGGCAGAACAAAAGAGUACAAAGAGUCAGAUGAGGGCUACAAGAGUAUCUUCGUGCCAGGAAAACUUCGCACUCCUGCAGGAAUGGCAGAAGAGAUUCGCGCACAGUUUUCUUCUGUGCUUGCUUCGGGUGCGACAGAAAAGAUUAAGAAAUCUGUCGCUUCAUCAGGCAUGAAGGACACAAUAACUGGUUACAUUCUCGAGACAGUCGUUGAGCUGGGGAAGAAAUUUUGCAAACAGGGUACUGGCAUUCAGGCAAAGCCAGAGGCUGAAGUCAAGGCUAUCCUAGAGAAGCAACUUGAAGGCCUCCUGCGAGGGAGCGCUCUUGAUGAUGCCAUCAAUCUGUUACUGGGUGUGGAAGGAUUCAAUGUUCAUCAGGACACGCCAACAGAAAUUCUACAUAUGGUUCUACUGGGAGUCGUCAAGUACUUUUGGGGUCAAUCUGUUUAUCUUCUCGAGAAGGCAAAGCUUUUGGACAUUUUUCAAAUGCGUCUCGACUCUAUCGAGAAGGCCGGGCUCAAUGCUCCAUGUCUCAACACUGAGUAUAUCUGUCAUUAUAAGGGUGGGCUCAUAGGGAAACACUUCAAAAGUUUGGCGCAAGUCAUGCCCUUUCUCAUUCAAGACUUACUGCCGAGAACGGUACUUGAUGGCUGGAUGUGUAUUGGUGAGCUCAUUAUAGAUGAUAUAGAGAUAUACUUGGUAUGA